CGUGUUUCCCCGGCGUGACUACCUUAACCUGAUUACCUUCGCCCCUCGUCGUCCACUCCAUUCCAUCCGUCACACCACUCCCCUCUUGCCUUUUUAUACCACCCCCUCAGCCAGACGUCACAGGUCCGUGGCCCAUCGCUCGACCGCCCCUCCGACCGUGCUGUGGCCUUGCCCUCCUGAUCGGUCAGAUCGAAUCUAACAUCGCAUUCAUCCCUAGACCUUGAACUCUCGCCACCGCCAUCAUGGGUCUCACUUUCUCCAAGUUGUUCGACCGGCUAUGGGGCCGUAAGGAGAUGCGUAUUCUGAUGGUCGGUCUCGACGCUGCCGGUAAAACCACCAUCCUGUACAAGCUGAAGCUCGGUGAAAUCGUCACCACCAUCCCCACGAUUGGUUUCAACGUCGAGACCGUCGAAUACAAGAACAUUCAGUUCACCGUGUGGGACGUCGGUGGUCAGGACAAGAUCCGUCCUCUCUGGAGACACUACUUCCAGAACACUCAGGGUAUCAUUUUCGUUGUCGACAGCAAUGACCGUGACCGUAUCGUCGAGGCCCGCGAGGAGUUGCAGCGCAUGUUGAACGAGGACGAACUCCGUGAUGCCCUCCUCCUGGUCUUCGCCAACAAGCAAGAUUUGCCGAACGCCAUGAGCCCUGCCGAGAUCACCCAGCAGCUUGGUCUGCAGAGCCUCACCCGCCGCCCCUGGUACAUCCAAUCCACCUGCGCCACGACCGGUGAUGGUCUGUACGAGGGUCUGGAGUGGCUCGCCGAGACGCUGCGGAAAACGAACCGCGACUAGACUGAUGUAAUGAGUGGAAGAA